AUGUUGCUCGCUGUGCUCUCCGCCGUCGUUUUCUCUCUGCAAUUCGUAUCCGCUCACAUACGCAACACCAAGAAAGCCAAUAAAUCAAGGCGGAGGGAAUUGCUGGAGCGUGCCGGAAUUACCGAUAGAGAGGAGAGAAACAAGAAGACCAUUGUCGGCUUUUUUCAUCCUUACUGGUGAGCGAAGAGCUCUUUGACGCACAUCAUGCGGAUGUGUGAGAGUAGCGCACGCUGACUGCGAUUAUUGCAUCUUCGUGUCUAAUCGAUCACGCAGCAAUGCGGGUGGUGGCGGAGAAAGGGUGCUCUUCCAGGCUCUGCUGCAUCAUCUUGAAACACAUCAGGACCACGUACUGGUGAUCUACACCGGAGACGUCGGCAUCGAGAGCAGCCUGAGGCACUUGAAUCGUCCUUGGAACGGCAUGGGAACCGCGACACCCGCAGAAAUACUUGAACGCUGCACCGUGAGUCGCCUGCACUGCCAGCCUCCAGCAUUCAUGCGGGGCCCGACACUCACCUUCCAACAACGACUGUGGUAUACGAUACAGGCUCGCUUUGGCAUCCCUUUGUCGACUCACCCACGCAGGCAUCACAUUCAGUUCCUGCCGCUUAAAUCCAGAGCCAUGGUGGGCGACUCUUAUUGGAAGCGGCUCACUCUCCUCGGCCAGAGCUAUGGAAGCGUGAGGAUGGCCAUUGAGGCGAUAGGCGAAGUGCUGCCAGACGUUUGGAUAGGUGAGUGAUGAUGGUAUCAAAGGUGUCUGAGCUGCAUUCCUGACGCACACACGCGCGCACAUAGAUACGAUGGGCUACGCGUUCUCCUACCCUACGGUGCGAGCAUUCAGCUCGAAAGUGCGGAUCGGAGCAUAUACACAUUACCCAACGAUUAGCACCGACAUGGUCUCGCGAGUCGCGCUGCGCAAAGCGACUCACACGAAUCCUGCAGGUAUCGCUUCGAGCGCGCUCAAAAGCCGCCUGAAGCUGGUCUACUACCAGAGCUUUGUCUGGGCUUACACUAAAGCUCUUCGUUGCGCUCAUGUCAUUGUCGGAAAUGGCAGCUGGACCGCAGCACACCUGAGCAACCUCAUCGGAUCGACACAGCAGGUUCGCGUCCUCUACCCUCCAUGCGACACUAGCCGUCUCACCAAAUUGUCUCUCGAGUCUAGACAAGCGCGCACGCUUAUCAGUCUCGGCCAAUUCCGGCCGGAAAAGGAGCAUGCUACUCAAUUGCGGAUCUUGAGAGCAACACUAGACGCCAACUCCAAUCUUCGCGAAGCUCAGAAUCCUCUGCGGCUGCUCAUGAUAGGAAGCUCAAGAGAUGCAACAGACGAAGCGCGCGUCGAAGGCCUCCGUACCUUGGCCAACGAACUGAAGCUCACGCACGCUGAUGGCCCUGAUCAUGUCGAAUUUCUCGUCAACGCGAGCUACGACAGCUUGAUCAGCUCACUGGGAACUGCCAGCAUCGGCAUCAGUACCAUGGUGGAUGAGCACUUCGGCAUCAACGUCGUCGAGUUCAUGGCAGCUGGGCUCAUCACGCUUUCUCACGCCUCGGCAGGUCCUCUGUUGGACAUUGCGGUGCCAGACGAGCAAGGUCGCAGGACAGGCUACCACGCUCGGUCGGUAGACGACUUUGCUGCAACUUUGCAAAGAAUCCUCGACCUCCCUUCUGAGGAGGUCAUCGCUAUCCGCCAAAGGGCCAGGAUAAGAGCGUCGGAGACCUUUGGAGCCGACGCUUUCUGCGAGAGGUGGGAGCAGAUGAUGUGGGACAAGCUGCGCCUCGACUCGUCGACCAGACCCAAGGUUCAAUAA